AUGCCCAAGAUUCUCUUCUCAGUAACCAUAUGCCAACCACCUCCUACUAUGGUCCGUGCAUCCCUAGAUGCUGCUACACUUCUUGAGGAGCUUGAAAGGUCCUCUACUCUCUCCUUCGUCUGUGAGCCUCCCCAAGAGUCCUCUUCGUCACUUGAUGGCACUCGCCCGUCUAGCCAGAUACACUCCAGCCCCAGCACCCAUGCCUCAGGAGACAUAUAUGUGUCUGGCCCAUUCUAUUCUAGCCAAUACCUGCCUGGCAUACCAAAUGCAUUCUUUGUGCGCCUCCGGAUUGAGGAUGAUUAUACUGGGGUGCCUAAAGUCCUGCACAACAAGACCCUGUUGUGGUUCAGUGAUGGAAUGUAUUGGGAGGUUGUAAGCUCCCAUGGCAACGGGUGUUAUGGAAUAUCUUUGCCUCCUGCCUCCAAAGCUCCUGAUGCUACUGAGCUCUCUCAUGAAAUGACAGUCACCUACACCCUCCACAGGAACUGGGAAACACUACCAGGUCAAGCACAGCUGUGGAACACGACAACUGCAAACAGACGCAACAAUGGUGUUGCCAAACAUGCCGCCUCCUCCCAAACCUCAUGUAGCUGGGCACUGGCAGUCAUUUCAGGCCCUGCUGGCUCACCGAGCUUCUCCCGGAGCACUGGGCAUCGCGCCAGGCACUCUGGUCUUGCCAAGCCCCUUUGUGCAUACGGUGCUCCGCCUCACCGCCCACUCCCAGAUGCUGUACAAAUGCGCCCAUCACACAACCCUCUCUCCAACCACAUUGUCCCUGCUGCUAGCGACCCCUUAACGUGCGGCUUUCUUGGCUGCCAAAGCCCACUUGCCAUGCCUGGAACCCCUGUUUGCUUGUAUUUCGUGCAAAGCCCACAUGCAGCAUUAAGCCGUUGUCGUAAUUCCUACCCCCCACAAGGUUCACUCCUGACGUCCGGCAGUGGCUAA